AGUAUGUUUGUUUAAUUGAUUACCGUCAUCGCAUUUCUACUUCUGUUUUUGUUGUUUAAAAAAAUAGGGCCGUUGAGACCAAGAAUUAAUUUAAAUUCAGUUAGCGAAAAUUUCGAUUCAACCAACAGCGAGGCUAAAUAACCAAGUUUACUACACUAUUUAAAGCACCAGGGUUUUGUGGUGAAUGUUCUACGACACAGACCAAGUGAUCUUAUAGAGUUCGCAGCUCAAUAUUUCUCCGAUCUUCUUGACAACAGGGAUCAAGCUCGUGGAGGAGGAGCAACGAUGGGAAGCGCAACAAACCAAGAUGAUGAAGAGAUGGUAGCGAGUGAUAAUGAUGAUUACAUGGAUGAAGCAGAAGAAAUGGCAAUGAUGGCAAGACGAACAAAUGUCUCAAGACGUAAAUCAGUGAGUGCUGAGGGUUUUGACCCAGAUGCAGAUGAUGAUGAUGAUGAAGAAAAAGUGAUUCAUCCCAAGACUGAUGAGCAACGAGAUCGUCUUUCAAAAGUCAUCUCUAAAAUGCUCAUCUUCUCAAGUCUUGAUAUAGAGCAAACACAACAAGUUCUCGAUGCCAUGUUUGAAAAGUCUGUUAAAGCCGGUGAUCAUGUGAUUGAUGAAGGAGAUGAUGGCGACAACUUCUACGUCAUUGAGAAAGGAGAUUUCGACAUUUUUAUUAACGAUCCAGUGACGAAGGUUCCUGACCACAAAGGGACUUAUAAAGGCAGUGGAGCAUUCGGUGAACUCGCUUUAAUGUACAACUGCCCACGACUCGCCACAAUUAUUGCAACGACAGAUGGCUCGUUGUGGGGAAUGGAUCGAACAACGUUUAGAAGAAUUAUUGUAAAGAAUGCAGCCAAGAAGAGAAAGCAAUAUGAAGACUUCCUCGCUACAGUGCCUUUGCUCAGCACUCUUACAGUUGAAGAGAGAAUGAAGGUUGCAGAUGCCAUGGUAACGAAGAACUAUGAAGAUGAGGAUUGUAUUCUUAAACAAGGAGAUCCCGCAGAUUAUUUCUACAUUGUCAUUGAUGGGCAGGUGGUUGUGAAAAGACGGGGAGAUGACCCGAGCAAUGCAAACCAUGAGGUUGUGCUCAAGAAAUACACUAACGGUGAAUACUUCGGUGAGUUGGCACUCAUUCAAAAUCAACCUAGAGCUGCUUCAGCUUUUGCCGAAGGUCCAUGCAAAUGUGCAGUGUUGGACGUACAGGCCUUUGAGCGUUUGCUUGGUCCAUGCAAGGAGUUGCUCAUGAGAAACAUUCCAUUAUACGAGCAACAACUUAGUGAGAUUUACCAAGACAUGAGUAUGAGCGAAUGAACUCCGCUCUUAAGUUACCGUUCAAACAAUUUCCAAUCUUCGAAAUGUUUUGUUUCAAUUUUACGUUACUUUAACUGAUAUGUAGCACCUGAUUUUAACCGCUGCCACCCGAAUGUUGGGUGCAGUACCCCAUGUUAACUUAACAUUUAACAAUCCGACUGUUAUGUAUUACCCUAUCACAAUCCAAACCCAAUCUCUGCCGCCAGCUAUCUCGCGGUUGAACGCGCAGAUGUUCCAUGACUGGAACGAAAUCGAUUGCAAUGGUGCUCUUACGUCCGAUUAAACGAAGAGUGGACAAAGCUGUCACAGAUUAUGUGCAGCCCCGCAUCAGACACCACCACAAAUCCGACACACUGUGUUUUUAUCAGGGUUCGGUCGAUCGUCGGUGCAAUUCUAAACUUUUCAAAUUGUUAUGUUUUUUUUUCUUAAUUUUAAACUCGAUUUGACGGCCGUGCCAUAAGUUUAGAAUUAGUAAGCUGCAUAAUUAACAGGGGACGCAAAAUUCAGAUUCCAUUGCACAGGUUUUGGAUUUGUGCGUUUUCUACCUAACACAGUACAAUGUGUUGUUUCUACGUUUCUUUCGUUACUUGUUUUAAUAAAUUAAAACGUUCCAC